AUGGGUUAUAACAGGUUCUGCUGUACAACUGUUCCCCAUCCUCGCACACAUCGUUGGAAAUCGCGGAGUCCAUCAUACCCGCAAAGAUGUUGGUCCCGCCUUUCCCCUAGACUUGCUUUUGCAACUCAUCCCUUCGGUCUUUGGGGGACCACCUCUCUUGAUCACCUCAAACAACACACCACCGUUGUCUGUGACACCGGGGACUUUGAAAGUAUUGCCCAGUACAAGCCCCAGGAUGCUACUACGAAUCCCUCAUUAAUCCUUGCAGCCGUCAAGAAACCGGCCUACGCCAAGUUGGUUGAUGUCGCCGUUCAAUAUGGAAAGGCUCAGGGAGGUUCAUUAGAUAACCAAGUCGAUGCGACAGUUGACAGACUUUUAGUCGAAUUUGGAAAAGAGAUUCUCGCUUUGAUUCCUGGCCGAGUGUCGACCGAAGUCGAUGCGCGAUUCUCAUUCGACAAGGAAGCCACCAAGCGCAAGGCACUCCACCUAAUUGAACUCUACAAGACGGUAGGAAUCGACAAGGAUCGUGUCUUGAUCAAGAUUGCCUCAUCCUGGGAGGGCAUCCAGGCUGCUAGAGAGCUCGAAAAGGAUCACAACAUCCACUGCAACUUGACCCUUCUUUUUGGUUUCGGUCAGGCAGUUGCCUGUGCUGAAGCUGGAGUCACCCUCAUUUCCCCUUUUGUGGGCCGAAUCUUGGACUGGUACAAGGCCAAGAAGCCGGACGCUUCUUACGAUGGUGCUGCCGAUCCGGGCGUUCAAUCGGUGCAAAAGAUAUACCGAUACUACAAACAAGAAGGUUACAAAACCAUUGUAAUGGGUGCCUCCUUCCGCAACAUUGGCGAAAUUGAGCAACUCGUCGGAUGCGACUUUUUGACCAUUUCACCUGCGCUAUUGGAUCAACUCCACAAGUCGGACAAGAAGAUUGAGCAAAAGCUCAGCGCCGCUCAAGCUACCACUGGUGAAAAGUUGCCAAAGGUAUCUUACGUAAAUGACGAGGCCGCGUUCAGAUGGGCCUUAUUCAGUGAGGAAAUGGCAUGGGACAAGCUCCACGAGGGAAUUCGAAAGUUUGCUGAAGAUGCCGAAACCUUGAAGGCCAUGCUGAAAGAAAAACUUCAAAAGUAA